UAACCGCCCGAAUGCUGGCGUGUGAUUUCUUCUCGCGUAAUUGUGUGCACGAUUCGGGUGGUGUGUGCGCGCUGUGCAGUGUGUAGCAUCUUGAACCUCGUUCACGUCGUGAGCAGCUCCUAGACUCCGAGUAAAAAAAGAGAUAAACUUUUCGUAUCGUUGGAUCGGGACGCACUGCGACCAAAUGUCGUCACCCCGUUGAAUUUCCCAAGAUGCACACGUUUACCUCUGAUCGAGGGUAAACCGAAUUCUGCUGCUUCAAUCAAUAUACACAAAUUGCUGUAAGAUAAUGUUGCAUGAUGCUAAUUCCUCGAAAUGAUGACCAGUCAUGAUUUGUGGAAGUCAUAACCAGCUCUGAUGACCAAAGGAAUGACUAUAAAUGUCUACUUCUGCAUUCAUAUGUUGGUAGCAGUAGCAGGGUGAGCGGUGGAUGCAGCGUAGUUAGUAGCCGAUCCUUUUGGCUCAGCGACGGUGGCAGUGCAAUUAGUUUAGUUAAGAACAGUAACGAAGACGUCAACGAUCUUGUGACAAUGGCGCUGCCAAGCAGAGCACGAGUUUAUUCGGACAUCAAUUCACACAAGCCUCGCGAGUACUGGGACUACGAGUCCUACGUCGUUGACUGGGGUCAACAAGAUGAUUACCAAUUAGUCAGAAAACUGGGCCGGGGGAAAUACAGCGAAGUAUUUGAAGCCAUUAAUGUCACAAAUAAUGAAAAGUGUGUCGUCAAAAUAUUAAAGCCAGUAAAGAAGAAGAAGAUAAAGAGAGAGAUCAAAAUUCUGGAAAACUUGAGGGGUGGGACCAAUAUUAUCACACUACAGGCAGUUGUCAAAGACCCGGUUUCAAGGACACCAGCAUUAAUAUUCGAACAUGUUAAUAACACCGACUUCAAACAGCUCUACCAGACCCUUACGGAUUAUGACAUACGAUACUACCUCUAUGAAUUGUUAAAGGCUUUGGACUAUUGCCAUAGUAUGGGAAUAAUGCAUAGAGAUGUAAAGCCGCACAACGUGAUGAUCGAUCAUGAAAAUCGAAAGCUGCGGCUAAUUGACUGGGGAUUAGCAGAAUUUUAUCAUCCGGGACAGGAGUACAACGUACGUGUAGCGUCUCGCUAUUUUAAGGGCCCAGAGCUGCUAGUCGACUACCAGAUGUACGAUUACUCCUUGGAUAUGUGGUCGCUAGGCUGUAUGCUGGCGAGUAUGAUAUUUAGGAAAGAGCCAUUUUUCCAUGGACACGACAACUACGACCAGCUGGUGAGAAUCGCCAAGGUCCUAGGAACAGAGGAGCUCUUUGAGUACCUGGACAAGUAUCACAUUGAACUAGAUGCUCGUUUCAACGACAUUUUGGGUCGACACUCGCGCAAGCGUUGGGAACGCUUUGUCCAUUCUGAAAACCAGCAUCUUGUUUCGCCCGAGAGCCUUGACUUCCUUGAUAAACUUCUGCGCUAUGACCAUUAUGAAAGACUCACUGCGCGUGAAGCAAUGGACCACCCAUAUUUUUAUCCUAUAGUAAAGGAACAAGGUCGGCUUACCAUGGUGUCGUCGUCACCUACUCCCAUGACGGGCUCACUGCCUGUAGUUGAGUAGCGGCCCAGAUGACCACAGCGUGGCAGCGGGCAGAAUGCCGGUACCAGUUGCGGUUUCCGGGUCGGCCGGGCUAGGGGUCGGGGACGGGGUCGAAGGAGGGGGAGGGGGCCCUAUCGAAGAGCCCCCACCCCCCCAACCGAUUUCCCAGCUUAUAUAAAUUCAACAUCCCUAAAUUAUCGAAUAACCCCAAAGCUACUUCUGAACACAAUAGAACAUCAGACAUACAGUAUCGUCAACGUGAUACCAUUGCGCACCACUAGAAUCCAGUUUGAGGCCAACGAGUCAGUUGAACCUUUAAAACCAGAGACCAUUCGUUAUUUUAACUUUGACAGCGCCGAACUUGCUCUUCAGAUCCCUCGCAGCUUGUCUGGUGUUGACGUUAUUCAAAUUUCUAAAAUGUUGAAGAUGAUUGUGCGAUGGAUUUGCAGCGUCUUGUCAUCAAAAACUAGCCGUAACCAUUCUAACCAAUUGUUAAUAAUACUGGGUGUCUAUUUAAUUAUGAUAACGGUGUGCGGACUGUCUCUGUGGCUUGUGAUACAACCGCUCAUAAAAAAAUGACGUCGCCAGAUCACACAUUUAAGUCCUGAUUUUUUCACAGAUUGUUCACGUUUACGAAUACACCGAUAGCUAUAAUAGGUCAUUCAAUUUACUAUAUUUAACGAUGAUAAAAAUGUUCAUUUAUAUCUGAUACCACUAUAAUAGCUGAAUAAAAUGUUUGUUAUAGCCAAAAUUUUUUUUCAACAUCUGUAUACCUGUAUCCAACAUAUUAACUUUUACCGAAUGUAAUUUUUGAGCAUUACGAACUUCUUGUAGUAAUAUUCAUGAGAAAUUUAAUACGAAGGCUAAUAUGCUGUUGCUGAGUAUUCAUGGAUUAACUUAAUUGCUUGUUUCACUGUGACGAUUGGAGUAAUCAAUGGAAAACUUGAAUGAAUUAUUAGUUCCGAUGCACUUGGUCGUCAAUAUGAAACAAUAUUAUAGAAAGAAUUAUUGUUGGUACAUCCCAUCUUCAUUUAUAAACUUGGCAAAUUGAAUCAAGAUUCAUCUUUUAAAACAUAACGUAAUUAACAUACGUCAUCACAUAGUGUCGGUAUAUUUAUAAUAUUAUGUUUUGAAAAAAAGACUUAUACCCUUUAUUGAUUGAACAAUGAACAUUGAAUAAUGUCAGUUUAUAAUCGCAGCACAUGAACUGCAUUGAUUGUUCUAAAAACAAUAAACACUUAUUUUUAAAAUGAAACUGUGAAAAAGUUGGAACACUGCGAAUAAGGUGAAUUGCUUUAGAUUUUAGAAUGAUAUUCAAAAUUACUUGGCUUUAGUAAUGUGUUUUAUAGAUAGUUUAGUAGAUGAGACUAACGUUAUUGAAAGAAAGUAAUUUUGAAGAUACAAUUUUACCAAAAUAAAAUCAAACCACAGUAGCGGGAGGUAAUGCAGCUCUCAUAUCACACGCUUUACAUCGUCAACUCUUAGUCUACUUUAUUACAUGUGGAUAAUACCUUGAUAUUUGUAUUAAAAUUCCACCCCUGUGAAACUACCGUGUUUAAGACUUGACAUACGGAGAUCACACCUAAGUACUGCCACAGAUUAACAAAAAUGAAUAGUAACCUGGACGAACGUCAUAUAUAUUCUAUAUCAGUGUUGAAAGAUGAGGCGUUUUGCUUGCCAAAAAGAUGCCAGAAAGAUAAAAAUUCAAAUACUGCGAGUCUAACAUAUCUUUCAACAAAUCAAAUAAAUGCGAUGUCAAAAUUGGCAACUUAUAUGUUUUCUGUUUAUCAAUGAUUCAAACAUUGUAUUACUCCGUAAUAAAAGGAAUAGUAAUGUGCAAAUUGGAGGACGAUAGUGAAUAACUUGAUAAAACUAAAGUUCCAAGCUAGGAAAUCAAAACUUACAACUACUAGCCGCUUCAGCAGCUAUUUAACCAGUAUUUUCAAUUCGGUUUAUGGACCUGACUAGUAGUUGCGAGAUCGAACCGUUGAAGGCAUACAUAUUUGUCUCAGAAGUGUGUUGACCUGCCCUGAGCUGGUACUUAGAAAAAAUAAUAAAUUUUCAAAUAAUAAUGUAACCAUUUCAUAAGUAUGUUCAAUGCAAGGCUGGUUGUCACACUAAUUCAAUACUUUCACAUCGUUACAUAGAAACAUUAUAAUAUAAAUAAGAAAAGCGUGCAUGACCCUGAUCCAUGAUUUUUAUUAAACAACUUUCAGUCAGCACACUUUUGAUUUUCUAUGAUGAGCCAAUUACACAUAUAUUUUCAUUGCAUAAUUAUGUCUUAAGGGGUCUGUAAAGAUGUUUAUACCUAUAUGUCAUUUUAUCUAUGAUUUCUGCCUGUUUGAAUCCAAUGGUUUAUGACGCAUUACAACGUAUAAUAUACAUAUGUCAUUAUUCGCAAAUUUUUAUCGAUUCAGUCGAGUCAUAUUCGACUGAUUUUAGCUUAGUGACCAUCUAACGUAUGGUACAUCGAAUGAUAAUAUUAUCGAGUGGAUGUAUGUGCUUUUAAUAUCCACACAGUAUGUAUCGCUAACUUGUUUUGAGCAAAAUCGCGUCCAUUAAUGUACAUUUGUUUACAUGCAUUUCUACGUUAUAUUAUUUGAAUAUUGAUAAAAAAAAAAUUUCAUUUCCUAGGUAAUAUAUCUAAGAAUAUGCUUUGAAACCCAUUAGUUGAGAAUACUAUAGAUUUGUAUAAGCACAUCUGGGUUCAGACAGGUGAUUUGAUUUAGUUUUUAAAUCAAUCGAGUAACUAAAAAAGAUAGAAUUAUAUAAACGUAUAUGGUUUUCCUUGCAUUAAUUUAUAAUAUACCUAUCCAAUUUGAUAUUGUCAUAACUAAAGUAUUUGGGGCAUAUUAAAUACAUGAUGAUCCGAGAGUAUAUGAAAAACCAAAUAAAUAAUUUGCAAUAUUUCUUUACUUAAAUUUUUUAUUUAAACUUGAUAUUAAAAUGAUACACAUUGCAGUGUCGAUGUAAGCUCAUGGCUUGUGGCUAAUGUGACUCUUGCUUAUACCAUUGUCAAUGGUAUUCGUAAUUUUGAAGCCCCAGAAGAGUAGAUUACAGUAUAGAAAUAUUCUAACAAAUUAAAACUUGUAAUACAUUUUUACAUUAAAGUACCGCCCAAGUCAUAAUCUUUCCUAAACUGGCACACUGUUUUUGCCAAUGCGCGAUGCUGGCCAUACGCACAUACGCACUGAUACACACACACACAAGUCCUGGAAACAAUUCCGAACAUUAAACAGUUACAGCGUAUUCACUUAAUUUAACGACAUUUUUUUUAAAUGACUACGUAAUCUCUAAAGGUGAAUUCGAAUAAAACCUCGUGUUACUUGUUGGCACAGUGUACCAAUUUCGUAGGUAUGGUAGAUAAAUUAUAGUAUCGAUGUUCACACGUUUAUUUAUGAUUAUUAUGUGUUGGCGAUUUGUGAGCCGAGCAAGAAUUAUUACUCAGAAUUGUUAUAUACUGAACUGUUAUAUAAGAUAAGGCAAUACCUAUGUAUAUCAUUGGCCCUUGUGUGUAGUUCUCAAAACAAUGUGUGCAAUAGCAUCUUAAUACGACAAUUUGCUAUGGCAAAAACAGUGUGUAAAUAUUCGUUCUCCCCAAAACCUCUGUUCAUAUGUUAAGUUUACAAUAAUCUAGUUUAGUUUUAUAGAAAAGAAAAACAAAAAAAAACUAUAAUUACUCUAUUAAAGAAAAGUAAUUAAUGAAAAACUGAAUAAAUGGAUUAAUAUUAAUCGGAAGAGUCGGUAUGAUUAUUUGUGUUUGUCGCAUAUUUAUCGAAAGAUAUAAUAAAUAUUGUUUACGAAUAAGUAGUUGAACUAUUCAACGUAAUUCUAUUUGGUAACAAAUAGGAAUAAAAGUAAAAGAAAAAUAAAAUCAAGACAAACUCUCUCGUGUUUCAUAAUCUGUAUUUCACAACGUCUGAUGAAGAGACUAACUUCGAGAUUGAUUUCAGUAUAAGUUUUUUCAAAUUCUCACAAUUGAUAAAUUAUUGCUUCCAUAAAGAGUUGAAAAUGAUAAUAAUAGAAAAAAGCAAAUACUAACUAAAAUACAUGAUUUUUAUUACCACAGCUUUCAAAUUUUAGUUAUGUUACUUUUGAUACAUUACAAAUGCGACAUACAGGCCUUGUAUAGAUCAAAUAUAAAUCAUAAAUUAUACACACAUGAACUAGUGAUAGUAAAACAUUUUUUACACCAUCGCAUUGUACUAGGUGAUCAAAAAAUGUUUCGUAAAAUAUUGUAAAUACUAAGUGUAUUUAAUUUCUUGAACAUGCAACAUAAUUCACGUCAUUUUUUUGAACUUAGCUUUAAGACAAUAACUGUAACAAUGUUCCCAAGGCAGUUUCGGAAAAGUCAUGUUAUGGGUAGCAUUUUGUACCUAUGCUGCAUUAUUCAACCUUUGUAAUCUAUCCCGUAACUAAUCUCGUCUUUGUCGAAAAUUAAAUUCUUGUUAAGUAAAUACGUAAUAUAACAAAUGUUUUCCAACUUAGGCAGGAAAAUAUACAUGCAUACAAUAAUACAGCGUUUUUAUGUCCAAAAUUGUAAUAUCGCUAAACUAAUGAUAAUGUAUAGGAAUACAAAGGUAAAAUACAAUUUUGUUUCGAUAUAUAUAUAUAUAUAUA